UGCCAACGGCGCAGACGCGGGUGGCCUGGUCGGCCGGAGGCCGCAGCGACCCCACAGAAGCCGGCUCCCCGCGGCUUUGGGGUGUUCGGUGUGUCCGGGAUAGACAUGCGCCCCGAGGUCUCGGAGCCCGUGGCGGACGGGGAAGCGGAGCGGGGCCGCGCCCAGGAGCCGGCCACGGAGAGGGCCGUGGAGGAGUCGGCGGGUGACCACGGGAACGCGGGCCAAGGGGGCCGCAAGGAAGAAAUCAACAAUCCUAAGGAAACAUGCAUGGCUCCUUCGGACACUUCCUACCUCAGCGAGCAGAAGCAGAGUGGUGAUAGCUUAGCACACCAACGAGAUGACAAGGAAGAACGUGGCCCCAGAAUGACUAAAAAUUUUCUGCAAAAACUGUGCAAGCAGCAGAAGCUUUACAUUACGCCAGCACUGAACGAUACGCUGUAUUUACACUAUAAAGGCUUUGACCGCAUCGAGAACUUGGAAGAGUACACGGGCCUGCGUUGUCUUUGGCUGGAGUGCAACGGGAUACAGAAAAUCGAGAACCUAGAGGCCCAAAGAGAACUGCGAUGCCUCUUCUUGCAAGUGAACUUGCUCCAUAAGAUCGAGAACCUAGAACCACUGCAGAAACUGGACGCUCUCAACAUCAGCAACAAUUACAUCAAGACCAUUGAAAACCUCUCCUGCCUGCCGGUCCUGAACACGCUCCAGAUGGCCCACAACCACCUAGAGGCCGUGGAAGACAUUCAGCAUCUCAAGGAGUGUUUGAGACUCUGCGUCCUAGACCUUUCCCACAACAAGCUGAGUGACCCGGAGAUCCUGAGUGUGCUCGAGAGCAUGCCCGACUUGCGUGUGCUGAAUUUGAUGGGGAACCCAGUGACUAGGAACAUCCCUAACUAUCGCAGGACAGUCACUGUUCGACUAAAGCACUUAACAUACCUGGAUGAUAGACCAGUUUUCCCAAAGGACAGAGCUUGUGCAGAGGCCUGGGCUCGGGGAGGGUAUGCAGCUGAGAGGGAGGAGAGACGCCAGUGGGAGAACAGAGAGCGGAAGAAGAUCACAGACAGCAUCGAGGCCUUAGCCGCGAUCAAGCGCCGGGCCGAGGAGAGGAAACGGCAGGAAGCGAGCCAAGAGCAAGGAUGUUCCCAGCUCACCGUGGACUUCUGCUCUGCGGAGGUGCCCACGCCAGGCUGUGCCAGGGACGGGGAUGCCCGUGUGGAAGGGAAGGAGGCGUUGUCUCAAGAGGACAGAGAAAGGCGACAGAAGAUGGAGCUGUUUGUGAAGGAGAGCUUCGAGGCCAAGGACGAGCUAUUCCCAGAGAAGUGGGAGAAGUCCAGUCUCCUGGAGGAGCUGCCUGUGGACGCUGACGGGGAAACUGGAGGCCAGGAGCCAGGAGGGGUGCUCCCCGCCGAGGCCCCACCGCGGAGCCCCGGAGCUGCCUGGGAAGAAUCAGCUCCCCAGACUGUGGCCACUGAACACGCAUCAGGUACAGAGCUCGUCGGUGGAGCUGAAGAUUUGGAAGCCACCAGACUGGAGACGAAAGAGAAACUCUUCAUCGAGGACCUGCCCGACUUGGAAGACGUGGAUGCAGGCGGAUCUCCGGAAGACCAGGACGAGAAGAUGUGCUUUCCAAAGAUCACUGUCAUCUCGAGCCUGAGUGACGACAGUGACCCUGAACUGGACAACACCGCACUCCCGGUGCUGGAAACCACGUCCACAGGCGCCCUUUCCAAUAUAUUCGCCGUCUCCAAGGACACCUCCAGGAAGGCUGAGACAGACAGGCCCUUUACAGGCAUAUUUAAAGCAGCAGCAGAGAGGGGCUUGGAAACCCAGAGGAGAGACACCAAGGCCCCUUGCCCGCUGAUUCAGGAGCUGGAUGACGAAGAGCCUUCAGGACAACCACCCCCGCCCCCAGCCUGCAAAAGGGAAGGUGCGGCAGCCCCGUGCAGUGAGGACGGAGACGGGGCCUUGCUUCCCACCUCACCUCCAGGAAACUGCCCUGAAAAGGAUGAAGUCCAGUCUGAGACGCAGCCUGAGGAGCGCCCGGAGCCCCAGGCGGGAGAAGACCAGGAGGACAUUGAAUUUGGCCUGGACUGAGCCCAAGGUGGCCCCUCCACUCUUGGAUUAACAGGGACAGGCCCAGGCCUGACCCCCCAGCAGGGCAGGUCACCCCCCCAGCUGGGCUCCCCUUCCCUCCAAAGAGCUGCAGUUACCGAGGGCAUGCGGGGCCCUGGCUGACGGCACCCGCAGGCACAGCCUCUGCAGUGUGGACGGCACUGUGCUCCCUGCUCUCAAAGCCUACCACCGGCCCCGGUUACCUGCAGUGUAAACCACGUAACUGUAAGUGUCUCCCUUGAGCAGCAUAAACAUUUUAG